UCUGCUGAGAUUGUAGCCACAAAAGCUGACGCCAGUUGUCUCCGGGACAUAAAUUAUUUUUUUUUGACUACGCGACACGGUAAAACACCCAAAGCCGAGUUUUGUUAUAUGUACAUUUUUUAGAUUAAGAAGUAUCGCGAAUACUUCAGUUAAUUAAACCGCUUGGUUUUUGGGUGAGGAUCUGUGGAAAGUAGAGUGCGCGAUAACGGUAACUUUCAACCCGAAUUUCGCCAUGUUCCGCAGCAACUUGGAAGCCAGUGGCGCAGCAGACAAUUUUGCUGCUUUCCACGCAAGAGGGGGACUCAACAUGCUGGGCCUGCAGGACAUGUUCCUCGACACCAGUGGCGCCAACUCAUCGGCCACACUCAGUCCGCCUAGCACCCCUCUGACGCCGCUGACCCCUGACCCGUCGACUGCAGCCCAGACGACGCACUUCCCCCUUUUGGCGGACAGCGCCGCCGCUGCCAAUACGCUGCUGCUCCAACGGCAGUACCAUUACCACUUGCUGCUCCAGCAGCAGCAACAACAACUAGCCCUGGCGCAGCAUCAGUUGGCCUUGGCGGCUUCAGCGGCGGCAGCCAGUGCAAAUCACCAGCAGAAGGACGAAAUUGCGCGAUCGUUGAAAAUCUUUGCCCAGCUGACGACGGGCGCAGCAGAAAACGCGGCCGGCCCCACACAGGAUGCAAUGCAGGAGUUUGCGUCCAACGGCUAUGUGAGCGACGACCUUAGCCGCUUUUCCUACGGGAGUGUUCCGACGCGGGCUCAAACGCCUCCGCCACAGCAGCAACAGCCGGGGAUGUACCUUCCACAGGGUCGCAAUCCCGUCCAGCAGCCGGCCAGUAGCGGCAAUCUAAUACCGAUGCCUGCUCCACUCGCCACCCACUGGCUGCACAAUUACCGCGAGCAGUUAAACAACGUGUGGCGCAAUAUGUCCUACAUGCCGGCCACCACAAGUGUUGUGGGCUUGCAAGCCCAGGCAGCGGUGAGCAUGGCACCCAAUCUCAGCGUGGGAGUCGGCCAGGGUUUGCCCAUCCAGACGGAGCAGCAACGCGGUGCUUCCAAUCCCAGCAAUAAUAUCAACAAGGUGCACAAGCGAUACAAUAACAACAGCAAGGCCAAGGAGAUCAGUCGCCACUGCGUCUUUUGUGAAAACAACAACGAACCAGAGGCGGUGGUCAACAGCCACACAGUACGAGACAACUUUAACCGAGUGCUGUGCCCCAAGCUGCGCACCUAUGUCUGCCCCAUUUGCGGGGCAUCUGGGGACUCGGCGCACACCAUCAAAUACUGCCCCAAGAAGCCAAUCAUCACCAUGGAGGAUGCGAUCAAGGCGGAGUCAUUCCGCCUGGCCAAGAGCAGUUACUACAAGCAACAGAUGAAGGUUUAGAGAACACAUCCAGAAGGAGCAGAGCUCUGGCAGCAUCUGCAGCGUUUAUAUAACCAGAAAUAUAUAUACGCGUUCUGAUCAAGACUGGAUUUACCAGAUAGAUUAUUCACCUAAAUAGCGCCUGGCGCGUUCGAUUUUAUAAAGCUUAAAACUUAUCGUGCCUAUAUUUCUUAUCGUAUAUGCAACGAUCAAACACUCAAAUCAAAAUUAAUAAUUCAAAUAAUUUAUGUCUGUUUCUGUGAAAAGGAAACCUAUUUUGUAAUGGAAAAGUACUCACAAUAUCGUAAUAUUUGUUCAAUCGUCGUGGC